AAUUCCAUUUAACGGUAUGUCGGUUAACCAUGACCGUGUUAUAUUUUACUUAAAAAAAAUUAAAUCAAAUUCAGUAAAUGCAAAGCACUUCUUUGAUGCUAGGCACUUUACUUAAGAGGAUGCGGAGCCGUCAACAACAGCAAUUCAGGUUAAGCGCCCUAUUGUUUACUGUGGUCUUCACGCUCUGAUGAGCACAGAACCACCGUCCACCCGUCCUGUUGCGUAAAGUGCCUAAUGUCUCACACUCUCAGGUACAUCUGGGGACACAGGGAGUGCAGCCAUACAGGGAGUAUGUGAGAGCAAGUGGAUUGAUAUUAUCAUUCUUCUACCGAAUGGUGGUCGUUGCUCAGAGAUCCAGGAACUACAGAUGACCACAGUUAUCAAAGACAAUGUUCAUAAUUUCUGUGUUGAUGGCUCUUCUGACGACAUUGACAUCGUCAUCAAGAAGGUCGUUCUUGAUUUGCCAUUCACGAACCAACACAAUCUUGGCACUAUGAACUCAAUCAAUUGGGGGCGUGUCAUGGUACAGACUAUACACUAUUUUUAUGCAUAUUUCUCGCAAGCCAAGAGCAUAGGUGACGUUGUAGAGAUCAUCGUACCAACUGGUGGCCUUGGAAAUUGCACAGCUGGAUGUUUUGCUUCGAAAAUGGGACUCCCUAUACGUUUGGUGUGUGCUGUGAACACAAAUGACAUUGUCCACCGAUCUUUCUCUACUGGAGACUAUUCGGUAGCCAUUAUGAAGAGGACACUGUCACCUGCAAUGGAUAUUCAGGUUGCGUACAACAUUGAACGCAUUAUGUGGUUGGUUUCUGAUGGUGACUGCGAUCUUGUGUCCAAGGUACUUGUAGACUUUGAGUCCAGUAACCAUGUAACAAGGAUACCGCCUGAUCUUCUGAGCAAGAUUCAGAAAGUGAUAGGAUCAGGAGUGACCGAUGAUGAAACUACAUUGAAGACAAUGGUUCGAUGCUGGCAAGAAAAUAACUAUUUACUGUGCCCACAUACUGCAGUCGCCGUGGCGUAUUACUAUCGGAAGAGCGAAAGAGAAAGAGAAAAACCAAGGAGUGUUUGCAUUGCUACUGCUUCGCCUGUCAAGUUUCCUGAAACUGUUUUAAAAGCUGGUCUCACUCCCCAUACUACUGACGAAGUGUCCAAUCUUAAAAAUAUGCCAACAAAAUUCACGGAGAUGAAGCUGGGUGAGGAUUGGGAAAGUAUGCUGAGAAACUGUAUUAUAAGUAUAUCUGAGAAGAAUGUGUCAGUGUAG